UAGCCAAGAGGUUUACGAAGGCGCCUAGCGUUCUGGGCGCGCAUGCGUUUCGCUGCGCGGGGAAGCGGUCAGCGCCACGUGGAGAGUGAACUGUUGGUAUUUUCCUGGACUGCGGGAGAGUCGAAGAAGAGAUGGCUUCCCAGAGCCCUUUCUCCCCAGUUCAGAUGUUGUCUGUCCUGGGAGGCAUAACUCUCCUGUGGUGGCUUCUGAAAGCAAUUUGGGGCUUGGGUUUUAGAGUGAGGGCCUACGUGCUUUCUGAGGUGUGGAAAGGGGUUGACCUGACCAGCUAUGGACCCUGGGCAGUGGUGACUGGAGCCACAGCUGGUAUUGGGAAAGCCUAUGCCCAUGAGCUUGCCAAGAGGGGCCUCAACGUAGUUCUCAUCAGCCGCUCCCUGGACAAACUGAAGAAGGUGGCCAGGGAAAUAGAGGAGCAGCACGGCCGGAGCACCAAGGUGAUCCAGAUGGAUUUCACCCAGGGCUCCGAAAGCUACAAGCCAGUUCAAGCCGCUCUGCAGGACCUGGAGGUCGGCGUCCUGGUCAACAAUGUUGGUAUCGUCACUACGAAGCCAGAGCUGUUUCUGGACACGCCCAACCUUGAUCAGUUCAUAGACAAUAUGAUGAACUGCAACGUCCUUUCGGUUGUGAAGAUGACGCGGAUCGUCCUUCCUCAGAUGGUGGCCAGGAAGAAGGGGGUUAUUAUAAAUUUGUCGUCUGGAGCUGGUCGGCGUCCUUUUCCAUGUGCAACCCUAUAUGGCACAUCCAAGACAUUUAUUGAUCACUUCUCACGAGCUCUGAAUGUUGAAUACAGCUCCCAAGGCAUCAUUGUACAGAGCAUCCUGCCCCUUUUUGUUGACUCCAAUAUGACCCGCCUAGUACCCAACUUCUUUAAGAUGGACGCAGGGGCGUUUGCACACCAGGCCUUGAACACGGUGGGGAUCACCAGCAGGACCUCUGGCUCCCUCAGCCACAGCAUCCAGACAUUCAUGUUUCAAAUGCUGUUUCCUGAAUGGCUGAAUUUAUCACCUCUUGGAGCUGUUUUGAGUAUGUUUGUCUCAGUGAUGAAGAAUGAAGAGACUUCUUGCCCUGAGAGGAAGGAAGAGUGACGUGGCAGGACUGUGGCUGUGAAUCAGCAGGGCUGCUGGACCAUGAUUUGGCCGCGAUCUGGACCUCUGCUGGACCAUGAAGUUACUCCCACUGAAAUCAGACGGCUUCCCUUUCCAGUUGGGUGCUUGGUACUGGAGUGCAGACAGGCAAUGCUUUCUCAUUCUCCUCUAGGCCCCUACUCAGAAAAUUGUGAUUUUUUUUAACCCAGAUGUGAUACUUUUACCCAGGUGUGUCAAGAAGACGUCUUGACCUGUAAGGAAGCAUGUCUCCUGAAGGUUUCCUGGACUGCUUGCUCUACAGCUGUUGGAGGUGGUGUACAAUGCUUCGGCUUGGCACGGUCGUAUUGCAAACAUAAAUAAAGGGUGGACGCUGUUUUCUGCA